AUGAGUUUAGUUCAACAAACUAUGAUGAGUGCAAGACUAGUCGAGCAAGUAGGAUUAAAUCUUAAUAGUGAUAAUUCUACCCAAAUACGAGAUACAAAUGAGUAUAAGUAUCAAGGGGUGCCUUUUGAUGAAAGUGAUUUUAUGGACCAGAGAUUGGAUGUAGAGGGUGUUUAUGAUGAAGAUUUUGCUAUGAAUUACUCACAAGACUCAGAAGAAGUACCUAUUCCUACAAGAGAUAGACAUAGUUUCGGGGGGUUAUCCUAUCGAGAAAGAACCCAUGAGUAUACAUUUGAUGAAUAUCAAUACAAAGAGAGAUAUUCGGAAUCUAAACAGAGGUUUAUCCAAGCUCGUGAUACUUACAUUAUGGUUAGUCUGUUGAAGCAGCUAAUACCUUCGAUAUUCCAUUAUAAACAAGAUUUGAAAACAUUUUUCACUGAAGAACUUUUUUUCAGUCAAAAUCUUCAAAACUUAACUCGUCUGAACAAGGAAGUAUACCAGGUGCUAAAAAAUGAUAAUUCCAGUUUAAAAUCAUCGUUGCUGGAGAUUUACAAUGAAAUGAAGUUGGAAAUAUAUACCAAUGUUAAUUUUUAUAAGAUUGCUAAUAAUGCUAAAGUGAUGGUGAUGGGAUUAAUGAAAGUCAAAGCAGCAUUCCAAAAGUAUAUUAAUGAUUUACUGGUAUUGGAUGAUUUAAUCGAUGAAGAUGAAAGCGAUGAAUGUAAUGAAAGUAAUGAUUUAACUGGUUUAAAUAAAUACUUUGGCACCGAAAUCGACAAAAACAUCAAGAUUUUUGAUGAACUAAUUAACUUGUAUAAUAAAAAGGGUUGGAGGGACCAUGAAACUUUCGUUUAUGAUAUCAUUCUGUUUGAUGAUCAUUUAAAAAAUAUUGUAGAUUAA